GUGUGGAAGGAGCUUGUUAGAUCUGCGCACCGCAGAAGAAGCGGAACAACCGCACAGCUCUGACGCACCGCAGACUUUCGCUACUGACCACAAUCGGAACCACUUUUAAACAUCUUAGCCAUGAAUCUUGGACUGGAACUCCUUCUCCUUUUAUUAACGUUUCCUCCCAUCAGCGGCACACCUUUCCAUCACAAUGGAAACGCGCAUCAUGGCGCCGAAACGCGUCAGAGGAGCAAGAACUGGUGCGCCUAUGUUGUGCACAAGAACGUGAGCUGCGCCGUCGUGGGAGGGACGGAGAGUUUUGCGCAGCCGGAGUUUUUACCGUGUCCACCGGAGCAGCCUGACUGUGCGCAACAAGUGAUAUACCAAACACAUUUCAGGCCCAUGUACAAGAUUUCUUACAAGACUGUAACAGAGUUGGAGUGGAGGUGCUGCCCUGGCUACCAGGGCUACGACUGCAUGGAGGUGAAAGACCUGAGGCUGCUCCAUGCGGAGCGUUUGCCCCACGUCUCCUCUGCAACCAGGCACUUCCCAAAUCACAAGGUAACUUCUAACCAGAGGAUGGAGUACCAGAGAAACCCUAUUAGGAGGGAGGGGCAGGUUGGAGGUCAGACAGGUGGCAGGGCAAGAGCUGGUCAUGGAGGACCUGAAAGAGAACAACACCUGGAGGAGGAGGUGCAGCGCCUAUCACAGAUGGUCCUUGACAUGCAGGUGAGAAUGACCGACAUGACCUCCAGUCUGAGGCUGGAUUUCCAGGAGGACGCCAGUAAGAUGCUGGCCACGCUGCUGAAUGAUCUCAAACUUCCUGCCAGCGCACAAGGAGCAGAAGCUGAAACCGUUCAAGUGCAGGACUUCUCCUUUGAUCAUGAGACAAUACAGGUGGAUGAUGUCAUGAGCAAGAUCAACCAAGUCAAGGAUGACCUGGAGUCCAAGAGCAACACCUUGGAUGACCUGUUGGGUCGAGUCAACUACCAUGAUGGACAAAUUCGUCUACUCAUGGAGGGUCCUCACCCCCCUCCGCCUACAGUCUCUCCUGCAUCCCCGGCAGGUGAUGUAGACCUGCGAGCAUACGUAGACGAUCAGAUCAGGUCUCUUAGAGAAGAAAUGAUGGAAGGUAUGGAAAUCAAAAUGGCCGACUUAAAGAAUUCCUGUGAUUAUAAAAUCCUCUCUGUUCAGGAUCAGUGUGAAGGACAGGAAGCCAACUACAACAGCCUGGCUGAGCUCAUGGACUCUAAAGAAGGUGACCUCCGAAAUGAGAUCCAAGAUCUGAGGACCAAAGUGGCUGAUCUAGGGAAAGUCGACUCUGAAGGAUCUGACUCUGUUCUGACUCGUCUGGAGAGACUUGAAACCCAUCUGAACUCAUCGGAGAGGUCACUGAUGGCACAGUGCCUCUCUGUAGAGGAGAGCCUUCGGAACAAACAGGAAGAGGCUGUCAAAGACCUGGAGAAGACUCUGGAGGACAAGUUGAGCUCCAUGGAGGACAAACUUUCAAACUUAUUGGGUGACACGGGUGCCACUUCACCCUCUGAUGGUGAAAAUGAGUCACUAAAGAACUCUGUUCAAAAUCUGGACCAAAGACUCAAAAGUGUGUGCUCACAAGACUGUAGAGCUAAUUGGACUUCCCUGGAAAACCUUCAGAGGGAUUUGAAGAGCUAUAAAUCUGUUGUAGAUACCAUGAAGAUUGAUCUAAACAUUCAGAUGAGGAAUGUUGAGUCAAUGAGGGGACAACUCCUUAACCACAGCAGAAUCGAGGACUUAAACGAUGAGAUAAGUGACCUGAAAGUCCAUCUAGGGAUAGUAGAAGACUUGAUCUCAGAUAUUGCCCUCCAGCAGUCUCAAACACAGAAUAACCGUAACACUUCCUGGGAUCAAGUGAAAACAGGAGGUGAGCAGGAGACUCGCAACCUUUUGGAGCUCCACAGAGCCCAGCAUCAGGAGCUGAGGCAGCGGCUGGACCAACUCGGCAAGGAGGUGAAAGCUGAGGCUGACCGCUGCAGAGAAGCAACUCAAGGCGUAGGGGCAGAGAUCGCCGACAUGGACAGCCGAAUGGUUAACGUGGAGUCUCUGUGCAACAAGCUGGAUCCCAUGUCCAGCAGCAUCCUGAGGAUCAAAGAUGGGCUGAACAAGCACGUCAGCGGGCUGUGGGCUUGUGUGAACCAGCUGAACAGGACGGUGAAAGCAGGUCAGGAUAUCGGUGGACUAAAGGGAACAUGUCAGACCCUCCAGAACCGAGUCUUGAAUGUAGCCAGAGACCUUCAAGUCCUGAUGAAGGGUUCUCCUGGGAGUGAAGGUGUUCCUGCUGGACUGGGGGAGGUCAGGCCUCCUCAGAUUUCUAGUACAAGCCUUAGACUGUCAACUGGCUCAGCUGACCCCUCCCUCCCACAGCCACCUGUGAUGGAAACCGGAGAAGCCGGCCCUCCUGGAAAAAUGGCCUCAUCUAAGCCACCUGAGGGGGCUGACGGCAUCACGAUGCCCGUUCAGGGUUUUGCUGGAGCUCCAGCUUCUCCUGUUAAAUCCACUGACUCCUUAAAGCCCAGUGUACCUCUGAUCACAGGUCUGAAAAUACCUCUAAGGCCUCCACCACAGAAACCUGCCACACCUUCAGGUGGAGAGGUGUCCUUCUCAGCUGGUUUAACUCUCCCGUACUCUGAAGGGGAAGUUGGAAUCAUUAAAUUUAACAAGGUGCUGGUCAAUGAUGGAGGACAUUAUGAUGCUCAAACAGGUACUUUCACAGCUCCAGUAGACGGCCGGUAUCUGGUGACGGCCGUCCUCUCACCCCAGAGAGGACAGAGCAUCGAGGCUGCGCUGUCGGUGUCUGACCACAGCAUCCAGAAGCUGGACUCUGCAGGGUUCCUGUCUGAAGCCGAAGCAUCGCUGUCACAUGAUCAAUGCCACUGCGGUGGUUCGGCGUUGCUGAGUUUGGUUGUUUCAAUGAGGCGUGGGGACCAAGCUGCACUCAUGCUGACCGCUGGAAAGCUCGCCAUCUCAGACUCGCCGCAGAUGUCAUCUUUUAGUGCCGCACUUCUGUACGCCAAUCCACUGAAACGAUAG